GUAACUCAAUAGCCAGUCGCGCGGGGGUCCUGGUGUCUGAACCGGGUUGCGAGGCUCUGGUCAACAGAGAAGCCAGCAGGCUGCAAGCUGCCGGGCCAGUCCACUUCCAGCGGAGCGAGUCAAGGGCGGGAGUCCGGCCCCAGCAUGGCCGCUAACUAUUCCACCACAGGUACCAGGAGAGAACAUGUAAAAGUUACGUUGGACGCUCAGCCAGGCUUCUUGGAGCGGUUGAGCGAGACGUCGGGGGGAAUGUUUGUGGGGCUCAUGACCUUCCUGCUCUCUUUCUACUUGAUUUUCACCAAUGAGGGCCGAGCGCUGAAGACUGCAACCUCACUAAAGGAGGGGCUGUCGCUGGUGGUGACCCCGGACAGCAUCCACAGUGUGGCCCCUGAGAACGAGGGCAGGCUGGUGCACAUCAUCGGGGCUCUUCGGACGUCCAAGCUCUUGUCUGACCCGAACUAUGGGGUGCAUCUUCCGGCUGUGAAGCUGCGGAGGCAUGUUGAGAUGUACCAGUGGGUGGAGACCGAGGAGUCCAGGGAGUACACUGAGGACGGGCAGGUGAAGAAGGAGACACGGUACUCCUACAAUACCGAGUGGCGGUCAGACAUCGUCAACAGUCGGAACUUUGACCGAGAGAUUGGCCACAAAAACCCCAGUGCCAUGGCAGUGGAGUCCUUCACGGCCACUGCCCCCUUUGUCCAGAUCGGCAGGUUUUUCCUCUCGGCAGGCCUCAUAGACAAAAUCGACAACUUCAAGCCACUCAGCCUGUCCAAACUGGAGGACCCUCAGGUGGACAUCAUCCGCCGAGGGGACUUUUUCUACCACAGCGAAAACCCCAAGUUCCCGGAGGUGGGAGACCUGCGCGUCUAUUUUUCCUAUGCAGGACUGAGCAGCGAUGAUCCCGACCUGGGCCCGGCCCACGUGGUCACAGUGAUUGCCCGGCAGCGGGAUGAUCAGCUUGUCCCAUACUCCACCCAGUCAGGGGAGACCUUGCUGCUCCUGCACCAUGGGGACUUCUCUGCAGAGGAGGUGUUUCGCAGAGAACACCGGAGCAACUCCAUGAAGACCUGGGGCCUGCGGGCGGCUGGCUGGAUGGCCAUGUUCAUGGGCCUCAACCUCAUGACUCGGAUCCUCUACACCCUGGUGGACUGGUUUCCCGUCUUCCGAGACCUGGUCAACAUCGGCCUGAAAGCCUUUGCCUUCUGCAUGGCCACCUCGCUGACCCUUCUGACAGUGGCCGCUGGCUGGCUCUUCUACCGACCCUGGUGGGCGUUCCUCAUCGGCUGCCUGGCCCUGGUACCCGUCCUCAUUGCCCGGACACGGGUGCCUGCCAAAAAGUUGGAGUGAAGGAAGCUGUAGUGUCCACCUGACCCCCGUGGCAGCCUCGGGACUCAGGCCGCCCCAUGCCUGGCCCAGCUCCAUCCCCAAGCCUCAGGGGCAGUCUUGGAUUCUUGGAUUCUGCACCCACUGUUCUUCAGAGGGGCAGACCUAGCAGCAUGCCUGUCAGGCUUGUGUUCACAGGUUUACCCCUCCUUCUUUCUUGCUGUAAGCAGCUUUGGUGAGCAUGGCAGCUCGAGGGUGGUAACCCAAUAAGCAGCAGCUUCCUGGUCCCCUCCCCCUUGUCCUGGGACUGCAUGGGUGCAGCAGCGACGAUCCAGAGACCUGCUGGGGAGGUGGGGAUCGCCCUGGUCACUGCGUACUUCUCAAGUGCCAAGACUGCUCAGCCCGUCAUAGCCACGACCCCAGAGGACAGCCUUGGUCGGCACCAGGCAUACCAAGCACUGGCCUGGGCGGCAGGUGCACUUAGAACAGAUCUGUGGACAGAACGCGAUCUAGUACCUAACAGUCACUCUGGAUGUCACGACGAGCGGACCGGCAUGUCUGUCGGCUGCAUAUGCCUGCGGUCCGGCUGGGCAGGGACCUUUUGGCCUGUGAGACCUCCAAAGCUUUAUAUACAUUUUUCUUUGGUAUUUUGCUUCUACCCCAGGUUGUCACUGAAGACCUAAAAAAACCAAACUUCCUGAACAGUGGACCUCUUUAUUACAGAUGACAGCCUUGAGUCUGCCCUUUGAGGUUAAGUCAGAGCACAGAAAGCUGCUGAACUGGGUGUGACUCAGCUGACGUGAUAACUGGGUGUGACUCAGCUGACGUGAUAGCACGGUGUGAAGCUUUGAGAAGCUUUUGGGAACAAGUGUCAGCAACAGGGUUUGCUUUCUGCUCACCUGACGAUGGUUUGAGCUUGCAGUCAGCCAUCCCAGGAGGGGGCUGGGAGUUCUGUGCUGGGUAUUCUCCAUGCCAACCCAGUCACAUCUGCGAGCAAGAGGACGAGGGCUGGUGCAGGAAUCUGCCUUGUCCUGGCAGUGCUAGCCCUCGAGCGGCUGCUUUUGUGUGGUUCUUUUGCAUGCUUAGUGUCCAUGGUUUGACUCGUCCUAGAUAAAACUCACCCAUACUCAGUUCAGUUCCUGAGCUUUCCAGCUCCUCUUCCACCCCUUAAAGCAGGUUGUAACCUUGAUGUCCUAAUGUAUGUUUUAUACAGUCUUUAUGUGGUUUCUUCUAGCAAGUUGUUUUGCCCUUGCCAGGAGUGGUUGCUUCGGCAACCAACUGCAUGUGGCUUCCCUGGGAGGAGAAUCUGAGCCUGGUGACCGGUAGUACUCUCCCUCUGUCCGGUUGUCUGCGCAGUGCACAGGAAUUCUGUUACACCCAGCACCUGAAGGGACUUCUCUGGGCUUUGGGCUGACAUGGUAUCCACGACCGCAUAGUGAAUCACUGAACUCUCAACAGAUGCUUUUGGAAAACAGAGACAGUACAAUUAGGUGAUGACCAAAUCUGAAAAAAAAUUUUCUUAUAUGGAUUUUAAACUGCCAAUUUCAAAAGUGCAGCAAAAUAGUGUUAGUACUUUGAAGGCUUUGGGAAACCACCACAAAAUUUGUAUUAUCUUUGUAUUUUUAUAAAAAUUCAAAAUAAAUUUCUCCCUAUCUCUUGGUGUAA